AUGCCAGCAGUUACUGCAGGUAAUAUUUCAUUAUAUACUUGUAUUUAUAGAGAAAUAUUUGAGUAUUUAGGUCUUUGUUAUGUGUCUUGAAUGUAACAAAUUUGACUCGGCGUAGUACAAGAUAGAUCGCCCUCCAGGCUAAAGAAGUUUAAUCAACAUUUCUUGGUUGUUAUGAUACAGGGUGUAGAGAAAUUAUAUUUCAGAUAAAUGAAGAGAAUAACCAUCCUAUAUUCCCUUUACUCCCCGAAACAAAGAACAUUUCCUGAAAAACCAGAAUGCAGUUCUAUCUCAAUAUUUUGUUGGCUUUCAGACAUUAUCGAACGUUUAUAUGGCUACGGUUAUAAAUUAUGUAUGCAAACUCAGCCAGCCGAGAAAUUUUAAUACCGCCUUUCAAUAAAGAACUUUUUUCCCCUGUCUUAGAGAGUGGAGUUUAUAUUUUAACUCUGAUAUUUGUAGAAGAUACUGCAUAGUUUUUAUAACGUACGAAUGCGAGUUGAUGUGUUUUCAGCUUACAGCUGCAUGUAGCAAAAACAUCUGGUUUGUAAUUCCUGCUUGAAUAGUUCAUGACUAAAGAUGCUUUGUUUCUGGUGCUCAGGUUAUUGCACCAAAACUAAACUAUAUCACUGAAUAAUUGAACUUGAAUUAUUCUCCAGUAUUCCAUAUUAUGUAACAUAACACGUACGUUUAUUAUUCUAUGACCCUGAAGGUUAUACGUCGGUCAGUUACUCCAACAGGAAAAUCCUUUGGAUAUAUCCCGUGGAGUUAGAUAUUUCAGUUAGAUAUUUUAGCCAAUAAUAACAAAAGAGAUUAAUCAACCUAGACCAAAAAUUUGUGACUUCACAGGGAUUAUUUGGAGGAUUAUUUUAUGAAAGAAAUACAUAGUUAUUGGCUUUUAGUUAAUGUAUCAAGCUACCUUAAACACUUUUCUCAAAAAAACUGCUUGGGUACUAGCUUCCUGAUGUGUUUGUAAUCUUUUUCAGGAAGUAAUUUAAUUCAAACAAACUACAGUACCUAAUACUCUAGAUUAUUUACAAAUAGACAGAGAGAGUCCAAUUCUUUCAGAUACUGAAGCAAGUUUAUUCAAAUGUGUGUAUGGUUAUCAUCAUAUCCUGGGAAUUCUCAACAUGUUAUGUCAGUGUUCAUGACAUACUGUCAAAUAUUAUGUUGACAUUUGCCAACAAGAACAAACAUUCACAACGCCAUCCAUACAUUGACCAGAUCAUUUAACAUGAAAAGAAAAAUUAGUCCUGUAUCUUUUCAAAACUUCACUUUUAGUGAUUUUAUAAUUAACAUGAAAUUUAGCUUGUGAGCAGACUCUUCCGGAAAUAAAGAGCCUUGUUUGCAGCUAGCCUGUACACAGCCUAGCUUGCAGCCUGCAUUAAACAUAAACACCCUAGAGGAGAACAUGUCCAAUGUUGAUGUGAAAUUUAAACAUUCAUGUCUGAAAUGUCUGUCUCAACUAUCAAAGUGAGACCAGUUAAACAUGACUUGCUGAGCUAAUUAAUACCUGUCAACUGCCUUGUCAACUGCUCUAACGAACAUUAAAGGUUUGCAUAAACAUUAAACAUGUUUUUGUUUCCUUGGCAAGGUUCCUGCAUACAAUGUCUUGAUAUUCCUUGAUGUCUUUUUAGAAACUCAUGAUUCAAGAAUGCCAGAUUCACCAAAUGAAGGGACAGCUCACCCUACACCUCGACAUUCAGUGUCACCUGUGACUUCAAGUUCUGCAGUAACUGCAGACACAAGAUCUGUCAGUUCAACAUCACCUCAUGUGAAUGGUUCCCACACCAGUCCUCUGGGUGCCACAUCACCCCCUGCUGUUGGCAAUGGUGCAAAUCAGCUACCCCCCGCAUGUGGGGCAAGACAACUCAGCAAAUUGAAGCGUUUCCUCACAACCUUGCAACAGUUUGGCUCAGAUAUUUCCCCUGAAAUUGGAGAGAGAGUUCGUGGUCUUGUCUUAAAUUUAGUGGUAAGUUUGCAACACUGAUCCACUCAGGGUUUAAUGAAGCAAUAUGUUAUGACUGAUGAUGGUCAACCUGCAGUUAUCAAAGUGAGAAAAUGUCAUUUCAUUAUGUGUUGUAUUGGUUGCCAAGUUGACCACAAUUUGUUGUCUUGUAACAAGUCUGUGUUUCAGUUUACUCACCACAUUUUUUUUUCUCAUCAGAAUUCUACUGUGUCAAUUGAAGAGUUUCACCAACAGCUACAGGAAGCAACAAAUUUUCCUUUACGUCCAUUUGUUAUUCCUUUUCUCAAGGUAUUGUUUCUUCUUUAUAGUGUACUACAUUAGACAUAAGUUUCUUCAAAAUUUACAUGGCAAUAUGCAUGGUGUUUUUCACAACCCACUUCACUGUUUGCCACAGGCCAACCUGCCAUUACUGCAAAGAGAAUUACUUCAAUGUGCCCAAAUGGCAAAACAAACUCCACACCAAUACCUACACAGUCAGAAUGCGCAGCUGUUAGAGGAUCGUGAACCAACAUUGUCUGAACAAGGGGAUGCAAAUGGCGGGGAGUUUAAUGAAAAUGGCAAAAGAAAAUCCAUUGAUAGCACAAGGUAUGUUGAUCUUUUGAUUUGAAAUCAGUUUUAUUUUCUUUAUUAAUUGUAAUCUGCAGCCAUGUAACUGUCUUUUGAGGUGAUUGAUCUGUGAAAAGUCUAAGUAAAAGAUGUUUUAUCAUUCCAUUCUUUGUUUUAGACCAAAAGAAAAUGGCAGUGACUUAGUGUCGGUUAGUAAUGUCAAUUAUAAAGUAGCAUGAGAGAACACAAUAAUUCUAUUUAAUAAAAUUAAUUUAAUUGGUUGUUUUCAUAGUUCUAAUAAUUGGAUAUGAUUUUUUCAUCAGGUAAUGGAUUCCAUUGAAAAGCUUACCCCAGCUAAAAGACCAUGUUUAAGUAUGUAGUAUUGCUUUUUUAUUUGUUGGUAUUGUUGGACUGCUACAAACACAGGAAAGUUUAAGUUACCAAACCCCAUUUUGUUCUGCUGUGCAAGUUUGGGGAUGAGCUCAGACUCAGUAAGUUAUAUCUUAUUUCUUACAGGUACCAGUAGUACAGGCAGUGCAAGUGAAUCAUUUCCUAAGUCUGGACCACGUACUGAAUUCUUUGCUCAUGGUAUGAACUGCAUGCUGGGAUUGCAAAACUAUCAAGCAACAAAACUACAAAAUAUCAAUCUAAUUAUUUUAGGAGCACGUGAGGGAGAAACUAGUUCCCAUGAUCCUUUUGGUGAUCCCAAGAUUCCUAGCGACGUUGAUGACUGGCGACAUGUGGAAACGGUACAUACUAAUAUUUUUUCAUUUCUUGCGUUUUUCACAUGGUUUGCCACAAAGCAAUAGGAAAAGAUUUUGAAACUGGAUAUUUUUGUGAUGAAAUAAUUUGCGUCUGAUCAUAAGUGCAACGCCAACGGUUUAAUGUUCGUUUCUAUGAAUGUAGAUGCUGCAAUGCAUUCUGGGUAUGGUAGAGAAAACCAAGCGAGCUAUCACAGUUUUACAACAACGUACUUCUCAAGACCGCGAGGAACUUGUAGCCUGGGCACGAAAGACGGCAGAGGAAGCUGAACAGGAAGUGAAAAGACGUGCAAGUAAGAAAUGAAUCAUGCUAGGGACGAAUCAUGUUUAGGGACGAAUCAUGUUUAGGGACGAAUCAUGUUUAGGGACGAAUCCGAAUCAUGUUUAGGGACAAAUCAUGUUUAGGGGCGAAUCAUGUUUUAGGACGAUUCAUGUUUAGGGACGAAUUAUGUUUAGGGGUGAAUCAUGCUUGAGACAGCUGCGGCGCCACUAACUUCUCAACAAAUUAGAGCCUUCGCACGAAACGUGGAAGUUUUGUUUAUUUAUGUAAACACAAGGAGAACGAGUCAUGUUAUUAAAAUGACAUCGACCAUUUUGAAGACGAACUACUGUUGCAAGUACUGCGCAGAUAAUAGCGAACUUAAACAAAGCUUAAACUAGUACGGGGAGCGGACAAGAAACAGCCUUAAAUUUUACACUUUUAGUUAUAACCAACUACCGUUAUUUAGGACGACUAUGGUUAUUUUAAUACAAUGAAGAUAAUAUUUCAAAUUGGGUCCUAGAAUUCUUCUCAACCAUAAAGCCCUGUCUUAUAAUAUAACCUCGAUUAUAAAUUUUCUUUACAGUCAUUUUGUUCAACGAGUUUGUUUGUCGUCGUCUUACAUGCUUAAGGGCAUUGACGGACGAUUCGUAUGUUUGUUUACAAAAACAGAUAAUAUUUUUCUAGUAGACUAAAGGAGUAAAAGUUUUUACCCUAAACGUCAAAUAUAUUUAAAGAAACAUUUGUCGUUUGUCCGCUGCAGAUGAUCUAGUAUCGAAGACAAUCAAACAAACAGAGGAAAGAGUUUCUGACGUGAAACGUCGUGCCGAAGAAGCGGUGAGUGAUGUGAAGCGGCAAGCUGUCGUAGAACUACAGAAAGCAGUAAGGGCCGCUGAGGAGAAGGCAAAUGAAGCUGUAGGGCAAACACAAAAUAAAGUCGAUAAAGCUGUGAUGGAGGCAAGACGUCAAGCUAUUGAAGAAACAUUGGGAAUGAUUAACAGGCAGUCGGACUCCAGUGAGGUAAGUCAGAAAUUAACAUAAGUAUAGUAAGCCAGAUGAUGGUCAACCUUAGAAAUAUAGAAACUUAGCAAGAUCACUUUAAUUACCGGACGUCAAAUACGAGAGUAGGUCUAAUAAAAAAUAGGUAACUGAUUGACCACCAGUGACACGCAAGCCCACCUUGUGUCAGAAAAUUGAUUUGUGGUAACAUCCUGUGUCUUGCUGGCUCGUAUACUGUGAGACGUUACCAUUUCCGUGACUAUGACCUGUUUUGUUUCAGAACUGUUGGAACUGCGGUCGUAAAGCAAACGAGACGUGCAGUGGAUGUAAUUUGGCUCGAUAUUGUGGAGCAUUUUGUCAACAUAAAGAUUGGGAAAAUCAUCACAGAGUUUGCGGUCAACAGAUAUCGAAAUCUAGCCCCGCUGAUGAUACGAAGAAAGUACCUACCUCUACAGCAACACCGGGGAAAGAAUCCGGGAAGUUGGCACCUAGUCCUGGCUUAAACCGCCCAAAGAUCGCAUCCCCCACUAGCACUGGAGAUCCUAUCACAUCCCUCAGUGACUAUGUGAGAAAAACACCAUCAACGUGA